AUGAAUAAGCAAGUGGUUUUAGAUUAAAAACCUUAAAAUUCAAGAAAUUAGGAGGAGAAAAAACAAUAAUACUACUACUUAAGUUAAUCAUAAAUCGAAAAGAUAGCAAUGGAGAUCAAAUGUCCUUCUAAUAAAACUGGACAGGAAGCAUAAUUGAUUAAGUAGAGGAAAAAUAUAUUCAAUCAACAAAGAGAAUCCUAAUAGGAAUAAAAAAAUCAUUAUGGGAGCUCAAUAUUUCAUACACAAUCAUCAACUAAAGUGACCAAUGAAGGAAAUACCUUAAACUAUCUAGCAGCCUCGCCUUAAUUGAGUGGGAGACUAAGUGGGAUUCCAACCAAGAAAGAAUCAACAGGAUCAAUGAACAUCUAGGCAGCUGAAAUUAAGCAUAACUAAUAGCCGAAUGAUCAACAAAAAAAGAGUACCCUUAGCCAUCAUUCUAAAAGAAGCAAGUAUUCUAAGCAUUCACUAAAAAGCAACAAUGCUAAAGGAAGUGUCAAUUCAAUUCUCUAAGAUAGUAGCUCAUAUUGGUCUAAAAUCUUUGGUUCUUUCAGUCCAAAAGUUAAAGAAAACUAAUAAAUUUAAAUACCUGAGGAUAUUUAAAGAACACCUUUAAUGUCAACAAGAUCUCUAGCAAAGUCAGGUACUAGGAUUCAAUAGCCUAUGCCUUAAUAGCAAUAAAUUUGUGAGGAAUCCUACUAUUCAGAGGUUAAAAUAGAAGUUGUGAAUGAUUAGUCAAUGAAAAUAGAUGAGAUUCUAAACAUUAUAGAUAACCAGAGUGUAGGUAAUCCAUCUGUGGUUAUGAAUCAAACUAGAUAAAGGAAUGGUAAAAUGGCUGAUACUCUUUUAACUGAUUAAGAGAAAAUAAAGCUUAAUUUAACUUUGGAUUAGGAUAAAGAUAUUGAAAUCAAAAAGAUAGAUGUUGCAAAUAAAAUGUUGUAUAAUUAAGCAUUCCCUUAAAGAUAGCCUGCCACUCUUAUGCAUCUUAAGAAUUUCUUUCAGUCAAAAUUUGGUUUCUGA